CUCCGGCCCCUCCAACUCUCGUCUCAGUCUCCAGCCCGUCGGGUGCAUUCUGCGCGGCCUGCCGCUGUGGGCCGUGCUUUUCCCGCCUCCGCUCGCCUCUCCAUGCGGCCGGCUCCGGGGCAGCGCGAAAGGCCUGAGACGCCCGCGGCCCCAUGGUUUCUCCCCGCUGGAGCCACUUCGCUCCCGCCUCAGCCGACCUAGCCACGAGUGGGAUGUGUUGAUACUCGGGACUGUGCAUAAUAAAAUGGCUAAUCAGGUGAAUGGUAAUGCGGUACAGUUAAAAGAAGAGGAAGAACCAAUGGAUACUUCCAGUGUAACUCACACAGAACACUACAAGACACUGAUAGAGGCAGGCCUCCCACAGAAGGUGGCAGAGAGACUUGAUGAAAUAUUUCAGACAGGAUUGGUAGCUUAUGUGGAUCUUGAUGAAAGAGCUAUUGAUGCUCUCAGGGAAUUUAAUGAAGAAGGAGCUCUCUCUGUACUACAGCAGUUCAAGGAAAGUGACUUAUCACAUGUCCAGAACAAAAGUGCAUUUUUAUGUGGAGUUAUGAAGACCUACAGGCAAAGGGAGAAACAGGGGAGCAAGGUGCAAGAGUCCACAAAGGGACCUGAUGAAGCGAAGAUCAAGGCCUUGCUUGAAAGGACUGGUUAUACUCUGGAUGUAACCACAGGACAGAGGAAGUAUGGAGGUCCUCCACCAGACAGCGUGUACUCCGGCGUGCAACCUGGAAUUGGAACAGAGGUCUUUGUAGGUAAGAUACCAAGAGAUUUAUAUGAAGAUGAGUUGGUGCCCCUUUUUGAGAAGGCCGGUCCCAUUUGGGAUCUACGUCUUAUGAUGGAUCCACUGUCUGGUCAGAACAGAGGGUAUGCAUUUAUCACCUUCUGUGGAAAGGAAGCUGCACAGGAAGCUGUUAAACUGUGUGACAGCUAUGAAAUUCGUCCUGGUAAACACCUUGGAGUGUGCAUUUCUGUGGCAAACAACAGACUUUUUGUUGGAUCAAUUCCGAAGAAUAAGACUAAAGAAAACAUUCUGGAAGAAUUCAGUAAAGUCACAGGUUUAACAGAGGGUUUGGUGGACGUUAUUCUGUAUCAUCAACCCGAUGACAAAAAGAAGAAUCGGGGGUUCUGCUUCCUUGAAUAUGAGGAUCACAAGUCAGCAGCACAAGCCAGACGCCGGCUGAUGAGUGGAAAAGUAAAAGUAUGGGGAAAUGUAGUUACAGUUGAAUGGGCUGACCCUGUGGAAGAACCAGAUCCAGAAGUCAUGGCUAAGGUAAAAGUUUUAUUUGUGAGAAAUUUGGCUACUACAGUGACAGAAGAAAUACUGGAGAAGUCAUUUUCUGAAUUUGGAAAGCUUGAAAGAGUGAAGAAGUUGAAAGAUUAUGCAUUUGUUCAUUUUGAAGACAGAGGAGCAGCUGUUAAGGCCAUGGAUGAAAUGAAUGGCAAAGAAAUAGAAGGAGAAGAAAUUGAAAUAGUCUUAGCCAAGCCACCAGACAAGAAAAGGAAAGAGCGCCAAGCUGCUAGACAAGCCUCCAGAAGUACUGCGUAUGAAGAUUAUUACUAUCACCCUCCUCCUCGCAUGCCACCUCCAAUUAGAGGUCGAGGUCGUGGUGGGGGGAGAGGUGGAUAUGGCUACCCUCCAGAUUACUAUGGCUAUGAAGAUUACUAUGAUGAUUACUAUGGUUAUGAUUAUCAUGACUAUCGUGGAGGCUAUGAAGAUCCCUACUACGGCUAUGAUGAUGGCUAUGCAGUAAGAGGAAGAGGAGGAGGAAGGGGAGGGCGAGGUGCUCCACCACCACCAAGGGGGCGGGGAGCACCACCUCCAAGAGGUAGAGCUGGCUAUUCUCAGAGGGGGGCACCUUUGGGACCACCAAGAGGCUCUAGGGGUGGCAGAGGGGGUCCUGCACAACAGCAGAGAGGCCGUGGUUCCCGUGGAGCUCGGGGCAAUCGUGGGGGCAAUGUAGGAGGCAAGAGAAAGGCAGAUGGGUACAACCAACCUGAUUCCAAGCGCCGUCAGACCAACAACCAACAGAACUGGGGUUCCCAACCCAUCGCUCAGCAGCCGCUUCAGCAAGGUGGUGACUAUUCUGGUAACUAUGGUUACAAUAAUGACAACCAGGAAUUUUAUCAGGAUACCUAUGGGCAACAGUGGAAAUAGACAAGUGAGGGCUUGAAAGUGAUAUUGGCAAGAUACGAUUGGCUCUAGAUCUACAUUCUUCAAAAAAAAAAAAAAUUGGCUUAACUGUUUCAUCUUUAAGUAGCAAUUUGCUGCCAUUUGUAUUGAGCUGAAGAAUCACUAUUGUGUAUAUACUCAAGUCUUUUUAUUUUUCCUCUUUUCAUAAAUGCUCUUGGACAUUAUUGGGCUUGCAGAGUUCCCUUAUUCUGGGAGUUACAAUGCUUUUAUCGUUUCAGGCUUCAUUUUAGCUUCAAAACAAGCUGGGCACACUGUUAAAUCAUGAUUUUGCAGAACCUUCGGUUUUGGACAGUUUCAUUUUUUUGGAUUCGGGAUAGAUUACAUAGGAGUAUGGAGUAUGCUGUAAAUAAAAUACAAGCUAGUGCUUUGUCUUAGUAGUUUUAAGAAAUUAAAGCAAACAAAUUUAAGUUUUCUUGUAUUGAAAAUAACCUAUGAUUGUAUGUUUUGCAUUCCUAGAAGUAGGUUAACUGUGUUUUUAAAUUGUUAUAACUUCACACCUUUUUGAAAUCUGCCCUACAAAAUUUGUUUGGCUUAAACGUCAAAGCCGUGACAAUUUGUUCUUUGAUGUGAUUGUAUUUCCAAUUUCUUGUUCAUGUAAGAUUUCAAUAAAACUCAAAAAUCUAUUCAAAACAUUA